AUGGCCGAGUUCGCGAAGUUUGAGCAGGAUGCAAUGGACAAGGACGCUCAUUUGCACGAGCUGUAUUUGACUCAUGCGCUGAACAGCAACGCGAUCUCCUCAUGGGGCGAAGACUUUGUCAGAAGUCGCUUGGACAAGCAGAUAACUUCGGAGCAGUCCAUCCGCAGAAGUGCCGCUUCGGCGGUGUCGUCUGGUCUCUACAACUUCCACCGGUCUCAGCUCGACUCCCGGGAAGAGCUGCGCGCCUCCGUGCGGAGUCUUGCAGAGAGGUACGCGGAGGAAAUUUCGCGGCAAAUUCGGAUGUCGACCCGGUCUCUCGAAGCCUUGGAGGCUGCCAUAAAGAUUGAUGAUGCGGGAAUGACUGACAAGCACUUCGACGAGCUUGCCCAAUCACUGAUCGGAUCGAUUAUGGGCAUAUCUGCUUUGGGGCUUGCGCCUCAUGCGUGCCUGACGAAAACAUAUCCGCCUGACAAGUUUGCUGCGGUGGAAGGGGAGGAUCUCCUCCUACAUCCCCAAAGGGGGCCUCGAGCGAUUGAAGCUAUCCUUGCCAGGACGACGUACAUCGACGACAUUGUCGAUACAACCGGGGGUGCCCCCGGACCUCCUCCUGGCGCAAGCCCGGGGCAACGUCCCGACUUCCCAUUUGAGGAUCGACCAGAUUUCGUUGCGAGGAGACCGAUCUUCACGUCCUAUGCGCCGGUGUAUAUGCCGGACAGCUGGAUGAUGUUUUUUGGCCAAAACUUCUCGAGGCAGUGCUCUGGUACGGAUUAUCCUGCCGAGCUUCCCAACUGCUAUUUUCCUGGUCCGCCGGAUGUGCAUGGAAAAGCGACCCACUUUUGGGGUUUCGCCGUCAUGUCCGUGAGUUUCGAGGAUUUGCUGAGGACUAUCGACCUUGAGUCUUUGGAGACGGGCCUACAUCGGGUUGGAGGCUUCACGAAGUUCUCGUACCAACUGUCCAGCGCAACGAUGACAGCCGACAGCGAGGCCUUGGAGCGAUGGCCGCGUUCCAACAGCAGCCUGGAUGCGGAGCCGGAAUCCAGCUUCAUCGAAGUUUCGGAGCUCUCGCUCCACUGGAAACUGGAGUUGGCUCCCGUGGAUGGCUGGGAGGAAGUCGAUCCCAACAUCACGUACGUGCUGCUUUUGCUGCCCCUCUCGGCCCUGAUCGGCGUUUGUCUGGGCAUGGAUGUGAUUCUGGCGUUGCGGAAGCACUCGCAGCAGGAAGUCUGGAAAAUGUACAUGAGCGAAGUCAGGGCAAGGAUUAUCCAAUCUGCCAUCUCAAAUCUGCAUGUGGUUCAGUUCCCGUUCUGUGUGGUGUGUAUCGAAGACUUCGAGAAGUUUGGCAUGAUCCUGCGGCACGAGACUGUCCGGGACCGUGGCCUGCUCCACAGCAUCGACACAGCCCAAGCGGCUGUUGAGUUCUGCAGGCUGGAUGGAGUGGUCUUCAUCAGCCACCAGUGGGCUGGAUACAGUCAUCCUGAUCCCCAUGGCACGAAGUACGAAGCUAUCGGGAAGGCUGUGCGCGAGCUACAACGACGGGGUGUCCGAGCCAAUUGGAUAUGGCUGGACUACUGCUGCAUCCCACAGGAGAACAAUGUCCAGCAGCAGAGUGCCAUCAACUCCAUGUUUGCCUACGCCUCCUUUUGCACAACGUUCCUUUCUCUAGCGCCGACGUGCACGCACGUAGAUUCAGGCGAAGAACUUACUGCGGAGACACGCCACCAGCGCCUGUGGUGUCUUCUAGAGUUGCUGUGUUUCACGGUGAGUCGUGCUGGGCGGCAUGACGAGACUUUCCUAUACACAGAUGAUGGCUUGGAGGAGGACGAGCCGCUUUCUGAGCAGGCAUUGGGCGUCAUGAAUGGUACUAGCACCUGCUGCCAACUCUGCCACGCCAGCAGCAAUCCUUGCGAUAAGCAACGUGUGGUGAGUGUGAUGCUGGGGAUUUACUGGCGACUGCUUGUCCUGAAGCAGAAGGAUGGAGGAACAUCUGCCUGGGCUAUGGGAAUGCUCCAACAGGUUGAUGCAAACGAGGAAAUCUUCUUUCCUGGCAGAGUGAGCUUGCUCGACGAGGGGGGCACCAGCUACGAGGUCGAUCUCUUCGAAGGCUACCUACCGGCGCUCCGCGAAAUGUUCGAAGAAGAUGCUGAGCAGUUCCUUAGCCAAGCUGGGCCAGGCGUCAGUGAUCCCUGUGCUUUUGCAGGCACAACUUCCAUGACCGUCUCCAAAAGUUUGGGGUUUGCUCGAUCCAACUCGCAGCUCUCUGCCUCUAUCACCAUGAACUCGGGAUCCCGGCGGCAGUCCCUAGGCUCCACCUGA